AUGGCCAGGUUCAUUGUCCAAGAAGCAUUGCCUUUCUUUGGCGUGCUCCAUGAGGCCAACCGCAUACACUACUCCUUAAGGGCCACCGGCUGUGGUUUGUUCACCAUUUGGCUGGGACAUGGUGACAUCAGUGAAGAGAUCAAGACCUUUGCAAAGGAUUUGCAAGAGCUCCCUCGCAAGACCGAUAUCCCUUGCUGUUUCUUAAACUCCGAGGCCCUCUCGAAAGAGCCCUUAGGCCGCUUUUUCCAUGACCUUGAGCUGGAAGUAGAACCAGUGGCCAUGCUCUUUCUAGGUGACUUUGCUUCAAGUCCCCACAAAGUAGACCACCUCAAGCGUUUCAUGUGGUCUUUGAAGUCGACGGAUCAACCUGCUGACCUUCUGGCGUUCAUUGAAGCUGCUCGGAGGGGUGAGAUUGAAGGUGAGGAGAUCCAGGCUGCGAAGCCCCUGUUGAAAGCAACAUAUUUGGCUCCUCCAGAUCUUCAUUCCAGUUGCAGAUGA